AUGGCAACAACAACGACAACCUCGCCCCAGCCCAACGCUGCCGCCACUCGUGCCGUGAACCCCGCGCUUCCUCCCAUCGCUACAGACACGCCUUCUAGMCUCCCGCCGAUGCGACGCAUAUCUUCUAGUGCUAGGGAGCGUCUAUCAGUAUACUCUACUGUCUCACAAACAUCUCAGCAUCGGUCGCGACCCGUUUCGCAUGUCUUUCCACUUUUCCAUUCUAGCUUGCCAUAUGCCUUAGUGCGCGACUUUGCGUAUGCGCCCAUACAUCCGCUACACUACGGUCCGCUGCCAGUUCCGUCGCGAGCGUCUACCCCGGCGAGUGAGAGCAGGCGCUUAUCUGAUCCGCAGAUCGCGUCGUGGGAACCCUCACGCCAUUCAUGGUCGUCGAAUAGCGGGACAUCCGAGUCAUUUGGACAACAGCUGCCGGCCGUAUCGUUCGGUGAUGGACCGCCGUAUAGUGAAGAUGAAGAUCUGCACAGUCCUAUCAUAACAUCACGUUAUCGCAAGCACAAAUCCAUGCAAAUAUUUGGAGAUACAGGAAGGGUCUUUGGCGAUAGUGGGCGUGGCGGCACGAAUAAUCCGGUUGACCGUGGCACCCUGGUGGCUGUCAAUGGAGACGGAAGUGAGACGUAUUACGUUCAAGGCGAUCAGGACGCAAAUGAUGGACCUGGCGGCGAAUACAUUACAUACCCAGCCGGCGAAAGCGGAUAUUCUCAGUAUGCCUAUGGCGGGAGCGAAGGCGCCGGAGAUGCAGCAAACACACAGGAGUCAGCACAUGGAGGAGACUACGUAUACGAAGACGACUAUUCUGACCGAUACUCGCGCGAUUAUCACUUUUCUAUUGGGUCGCCAGACGAGGAGAUGCAUGGCAAAGCGGUUGCGCUGUUUGAUUUUACGCGCGAGCAUGAGAAUGAACUCCCCUUGAAAGAAGGGCAGGUGAUUCUGGUAUCUUAUAGACAUGGUCAGGGUUGGCUCGUUGCAGAGGAUCCAAAGACGGGUGAAUCCGGGCUGGUGCCGGAGGAAUUCGUGCGAUUGGUACGUGAUAUUGAAGGAGGUCUUAGCUCUUUGAAUGGAGAGUUGGCUGGUGCAAAUGACCAGCAGCAGUCAGAAAACACAACGUUUUCGACUGACAAGGAAGCGAGCAAUGAAUUGGAGCAAGGUGGAGCGGCGACACCAACGAAUGGGAAUAAUCAGAGUGAGGAUAGGACAGAGGGAAAGAACUCUUGA